AUGCUCUUUGUGGUGUUCAUUAAUGAUCUUCCUGAUUCUAUACCAGACAAAACAACUGCUGCUUUAUACGCAGAUGAUACUAAGUUGUACAGAAGCAUCGUAUCAGUAGCUGACUGCGAAGAUCAACAGCAGGCUCUGAAUAACCUUGAUACAUGGAGCAGUGUCAAUAACCUUAAAUUUAAUGCAUCUAAAUGCAAGGUGUUGACCGUGACAAGAAAGAGAAGUCCAAUAUUACACACUUACCAACUCGGUUCUAAGGAACUGCUUCGUGUGGGGCAAGAAAAAGAUCUCGGUGUUACAUUAACUAGUAACCUCUCUUGGGACACCCAUAUUAACGUUAUCGUCGCCAAAUCCAACAAGCUGCUGGGUUUAUUAAAGAGAACGUGUCCCUUGUUGACGGACGUUAAAGUUAGACGUACGCUGUAUCUGUCACUCGUUAAAUCACAAGUCAGCUACGCCACAGAAGUUUGGUCUCCAGUCAACAUACAUCUCAAAUCAAAGGUUGAGAAAAUUCAAAGAAGAGCUACCGCUUGGAUUCUGAAAUCCAAACAAGGCGAGAUACCUUACCAACAGAGGCUGAUAGCUCUUAACCUAUUGCCACUAUGUUACGACAGGGAAAUUAAGGACUUGGUAUUUUUCUACAAGGCGCUAUUUGAACACUUAGAUUUGAACGUUUAUGAUUUUGUUUCUUUUGUUAAUAGCGAUCGCACCCGACUUAGUCAAAAUCCAUCUCUAACUCUUAAAGUUCCUUUUUGUAAAACCAGAACAUUCCAAGCGUCCUACUUUAAUCGAAUAGUUAAACUAUGGAACACAACCUGUAAAAUACUUCCCCCAUCUAGUUUCUCGAGUCUUUCAACUUUCAAAUGUUCAAUUAAACUCAUGUAUCAUAAUUUAAAUACUCAAAUUUUUGAUGUUGAUCAACCGUGUACAUGGACCCUCGUACGUGCUUGCUCCUGCCAUAGGACAUAAACUUUUCUUAGGGGAAGUGCCCCGCAUGGGACUUGGAGUCCCGUUCGCACUUUUCCCAAUUGGGUUCUUUUAUUGUUGUUAUUUUAAAUUAGUGUAUCUUGGCCCAAUUAUUUGUUUGUAUAAUUAUUGUAAAUAUAGUUGUUAAUGACCCAAUAAAGUUCUUUAAAAAAAAUAAUAAAAAUAAUGCGGCAAGCUUUGCCGAACUUGUGUCGAACUUUUGCCGCUCCAAAUUCUGCCGUACUUAAUUCAUCAAUUAAGUUCGGCACAUGAUAAGUACGCCGUCUGAAACGGGCCUUACAGUUAAAAAAUGUGAAAUUUUUUAUACAUUUCUAAUGCAAAUGACUUGCAUCAAUAGAAAGCUAACAAAAAAACUACAUGAUAAGACAUUUAAAUGGUUAGUUGGGAUUUUCAAGCGGUUUUCGAGUUAUUGCCGUUUCGAAUGUGAAAAAUAAGCCAAAAUCUAGCAAAAUUCCUGCAAUCCUUCACAAAAAUUAUUGAGACUUGCAUAUUUAUCUGUAAAAUUAGCAAAUUCUUACCCUCAGGAGCUCGUCCUUCCAGUGAUUUGGUUCACUUCUUAGACUGGGCACUUUUUAACACUCGUCCCCAAUCCUCUCAUUAACUUCGGAAUGGCUAAUUGCAGCUGAUUUUUAAUGAAUUGUUCCUGUAAGGAGAUAUUUGCCACGUCUCUAAGAAAUGGAUCCCAUAUAUGAUUUCUAAACUGAUUAAAUGAUGCUUCCAUUAUGCUUUGCACGCUUAGAGUUUAAGGUUUAGGGUUUGCAAAGGACAACCUUUUUUGAACUCGCUCUAUAAUAAGCCAUAAAUUACUAAAUGCUAUAAAAUCCCGUAGGCUAUACUAAAAGACGCCGUGAAGGUAUUUGCAUGUGGCUCGCAAACCACAUAG